UGCAAAGAUGGCGGCAGUCGCGCACAACAACGAAGCUAAGGUCAAUUCGUGAACGGGGCAAAGUCUGUUACUAGUCUGUCACAACGAUGCGUAUAUCCAAAUGAGCUGAAAUAUGACAUUAUCCGUUUUGCCUUAUUGAAGGCCUUAAACAGAAAAUGUUUCGAGUAACGACCUGUCGGACUUUUGGCCACGUUACAAACACACGCUCAAAUAUGAUGUUUGUUAGAAGCAGAAUCAACUCAGUCCAGCCAAUAGCAUCACUAAAAAAACAAGUGUUUGCUUGCACGCCAUGUUGGUGGAGACUGAAUCUAACAUCCCAGUCAUCAGCAUCAAAACUGUGGCAAAAGACAUUCAGCAUCUGCAGGGCACGAUUAGCAAACCAGGCUGCAAGCAUUGCUAAAAGCCAUAUACCACAUGGCAGUAGGACCAUUGCACUGGCAGCAGCAUCGUUCUUUUAUCCAGGGAUCACAGCUAUAGGGCUAGGAGUUUUGUGGUGGAAAGAAGGUAAGAUUCAAGUGAACUGUAAAGCACACCAUCGGAACCGCCUUGAGACUGGUACACAUCAAGAAGAGGGUCCAGAACCUGAGUUUCCAUGGCAGCAACUGUGGGAAAUGCUAUCCAAAGACAUUUGGUACCUGCUUGCAGCAGUGCUGAGUGCAAUAGCAGCUGCAGCAGUGAACAUUCAGAUCCCAGUGGCUCUAGGAGAAAUCACCAACAUUGUGUCAAAGUUCACUGCAGGAGCUGUUGGCAGUUUUGUAGAAGAGAUCAAGAAACCUGCCAUGAAACUAAUGUGCAUCUAUAUUCUUCAGGGUCUGCUGACUUUCAGCUAUAUUUCACUCUUAUCAACCAUUGGGGAGAACUUGGCCGUAAGCAUGCGGCAUGAACUGUUUUCUGCUUACAUGAAUCAAGACAUUGUGUUUUUUGACACUCACAAAACUGGGAUGCUUGUAGACAGAUUGACCUCGGAUGUACAAGACUUCAAAUCUUCCUUCAAACUUUGUGUUUCCCAAGGCCUAAAAGCUACUACACAGACAAUUGGGUGCAUUUUUUCUCUUCUUUUGAUAUCGCCAAAGCUGACGGGUAUCAUGCUUGUCUUCAUUCCAACGAUCAUUUGUGGAGGCACUCUGGUGGGGGGUGUGCUGCGCAAGUUCUCUAGAGAAGCACAAGAGCAAGUUGCAAAAGCAACAUCUGUAGCAGAUGAAGCAAUUGGAAAUGUUCGCACUGUGAGGGCUUUUGCAAUGGAAGAAAAAGAGAAGGAGCUAUAUUCCCAGCAGCUGGAACAGUCUCGUGUUCUCAACAUCAGGCUUGGUAUUGGUAUUGGGGCAUUCCAAGGCAUAUCCAGCAUUUUCCUCAACUCUAUAGUGCUUGGAUCCAUGUUUGCUGGUGGCUGGCUUAUCUCUCUUGGUGAGCUUAAUGCUGGAGAACUGAUGACCUUUUUAAUGGCGACUCAGAUGAUAGAGAGAUCCUUGGCUCAGAUGUCUAUUCUUUUUGGCAAUAUGGUGCGAGGUGUGUCUGCUGGAGCUAGAGUCUUUGAGUAUAUCAACACCCACCCAUCAGUGGCUCUGACAGGGGGUAAAAAAAUUCCAUACCACUGUCUUCUGGGUACCAUAGAGUUCGACAAUGUCAGCUUUUCCUACCCAACUCGACCAGGCCAGACAAUUUUGCGCAAUUUUUCUCUACACAUUCCUGGAGGGCAAAUAGUAGCUUUGGUUGGGCUUUCAGGUGGAGGAAAAUCUACAGUGGCAGCACUGUUAGAAAGGUUUUAUGAAGUGAACAAAGGCACCAUCACCAUUGAUGAUGUCAAUAUUCAAGAGCUUGAUGCUUCCUGGUUAAGAGGUCAUGCUAUUGGCUUCAUCAAUCAGGAACCUGUUCUUUUUGCCACAACAGUCAUGGAGAACAUACGUUAUGGCCGCCCAGAUGCAACAGAUCAAGAAGUGGUGGAAGCAGCAAAACUGGCCAAUGCCCAUGACUUUAUCACAGCCUUUCCUCAUGGUUACCACACAGUCCUUGAACGAGGAGUCACUGUAUCAGGAGGGCAAAAACAACGCAUCGCUAUUGCUAGAGCGCUGAUAAAAAAUCCUGCUAUCCUCAUUCUUGAUGAGGCGACCAGUGCACUUGAUGCGGAAUCAGAAAGACUUGUGCAGGAGGCUUUAGACAGAGUAUCCAAAGGCCGCACUGUGCUGGUGAUUGCUCACCGACUUAGCACAAUAAGAGAUGCAAAUAUCAUUGCAGUUGUCUCACAUGGGAAAAUUGUAGAGGUAUGUAACUGGUCCCUGUACUGCUUAUCUAUUUUAAAUACACUUUAUGCAACAAUGAGUACCAUUAAAUUUACUGGCUUUUGCUAGAUGUGAAAAGGAUGUCUUUGUAGAGAAGCUGCACAUUUGUAGGAGUAUAUGUGUGUGAUGUGUAGUAUGAAUAUGCUGAUCCAUACUGUUACAUUCAACAUCCACGUGAAAGAUUCAUUAUUGUAACAUAGAUGAUAAUGUAAUUUAUGCAACUAACAUGCUGUCUAGUCCACUCUUUGACUGUCACUUAUGUGAGCCUGACCUUAUGUGGUUUGUAAAAGGUCCCUGUAAAUGAUAUAGUCAAGAUUCUAAAAGCAUAUUCCAGAUUGCUUCUCAAAAGCCAUAACUCUAAAGCCUACCUGUGCAGAUUGGUGACCACAACAGUCUGAGGAAAAAGGGGGACUGUAUUGGGAGCUUAUCAAACAACAGCAGAUUGAGGACCAGCUUGAUUGCGCCACUGAUGUCUAAGAUAUUGGGAACUUUCCAGGACUCAUAUGUAAUCUGUAUAGCAGGUGGCACUCAUAGCGCAGUAACAUAAUAUCAGAUGACUUGGCUGCAUGUGGCUACAAAUCUGUUCAAGAAUGCAGCAUGCAUUAAUUUUGAUUGUUUUAUAAAUAUGUUCUUGGCUUAUUCUAGAUUAUCAGCAAUGAAUUUUAUUUUUUUUUAAAUAUGUUAGAGAAAACCAAGUUUACACAUCAUGAAGACUGAUUUUAAGAGAAAAAAAUCAUGACUUUGUGGUUAUAUUUAGUAGAGAAAGCUUUCAAAAGAUGAAUAUAUGAUCAUAAUGAAAAUUUUUUUUUUAAUGAUAAAUGCCUUUCCAUGUGAUUUUAUUUUUCAGUUUGCUAGGAAUGAAACUAUAUUUCAGCAGAUAUUUUUCAUACUAGCAAGACAGAUAAAAUUUAAGUUUUUACAUCAGGAAAAAGCUGAUUCAUAUGAACUAUGGUAUAAGCUGACUUCUUAAGGAGUGCUUGUAUAGCUCAUUGGAGGCAACGUUAUCUGUGAUAUAGUCCAGGAUUUUAUUUGCAUUUUUGCCAAUAUCUAUUUUAAUUGAUACCUAUGUAUUAAGCUACAUUGUGUAUUUGAUGGCUUAGCUUUGAAGAAAAUGAAGACACACUGCCAUCUAUUGUUAAUAAAGAUCUAUGGUGAUUCAA